AUGAAUGGGAAAAUAUUGCUCAAAUCUGUCCAAACCGUCGCAAAACUUCUGCUGCCAAAACAGGCACUCAACGUCGACGAAGUGACUACUAAAUAUAACCAUCUCUGCGACCUGCCUAUCGCAUCGUAUACUGACAGUCAUCCUGGCUUGCUCAUCGGUCUGAACAACCUACAUGCAAUUGCUCCAAUAGAAGCUAGGAUUCGGGAUGUAGGAGAGCCAAUAGCUGUUCGGUCGAAGUUGGGGUGGUCUGUUUACGGUCCAUUGCCCAACGGAACAAGUAGUGAAAACACCAUUGGGCACCAUGGUGAAGUGAGCAACGAGGAUAUAUACAAUCUGUUGAAAACCCAAUAUAGGCUGGAGGAACCUAUGGCGACUGUAAUUCAAGAAACGAAAGAUGAGAAGAGAGCCAGGGAAAUUCUACAGCGCACUACAGUACGAAUUGGUGAUCGAUUUGAGACCGGUUUAUUGUGGCGUACCGAUGAUCCUGUGUUUCCUGAUAGUCUUCCGAUGGCCCGUCGAAGGCUAAGGCAGUUAGAACAGCGCUUGGUAAAGUGUCCGGAGCUUUAUGAGAAGUUUCGACAACAAAUAGACGGAUAUCUGCAGAAGGGAUACGCUCACCUGGCGACGUCGAAAGAAUUAGCGGAAACCGAUCAUCGGAAGCGGUGGUAUCUUCCCCUCAACGCAGUUGUAAAACCGAAGAAGCCUGGAAGUAUACGUCUCGUGUGGGAUGCCGCAGCUACGGUGAACGGGGUGUCCCUCAAUAGCCAGUUACUCAAAGGGCCUGACAUGCUGACACCGUUAACAUCAGUAAUCAGUCUUUUCCGUGAGCGUCGCAUAGCGUUCGGGGCAGAUAUACGCGAGAUGUAUCACCAGCUGAAAAUAUGCGAGGCUGACAAGCAAUCACAACGAUUUCUGUUUAGGAAAAACCCACAGGAUGAACCGAGUGUGUACAUCAUGGAUGUUGCCACGUUUGGGUCGACCAGUUCUCCAUGUUCGGCCCAAUACGUCAAAAAUCUUAAUGCAUCAGAGUUCUCAGCAGAAUAUCCGGAGGCAGCGUCAGCAAUCAUCAACAAACACUACGUUGACGACUAUUUUGAUAGUGUAGAUACGAUUGAAGAUGCAGUACGUCGAGCAAAAGAGGUAAAAUAUAUACAUUCGAAAGCAGGCUUUGAGAUUAGAAAUUGGGUCUCGAACUCUGCGGAAGUGCUCCGUUCCUUAGGUGAAAAUGAUCAGGCUCCAGCUAUCCAUUUUAACGUCGACAAGUCUACAGAAAAUGAACGGGUUCUUGGAAUUAUAUGGAACCCACGGCAAGAUAAUUUCUCUUUCGCUACUGACCAUCGUCCCCAUCUUAAGCCAUAUUUUGAUGGCAGUGAACGACCAACUAAACGACUGGUGCUAAGUUGCGUGAUGGGUUUUUUUGAUCCGCUGGGGCUUCUUGCUCCAUUUACCAUCCACGGGAAAAUGCUCAUCCAGGAUCUUUGGCGUGCAGGUUGUAGUUGGGAUGAAGAAGUGGAUGCUGAAUCGCUACAAAAAUGGGAACGCUGGACUAGUCUUUUGUCGCAAGUAGAGAACGUUCGUAUUCCACGAUGCUAUCUGGGCGAUCAUCAUUCCUCCAAUAUCGACUCUCUUCAACUGCACAUUUUUAUGGAUGCAAGCGAGCAGGCGUAUGGUUGCGUUGCCUACCUGAGGGUCGUAGUGAAUGAAAGGGUAACGUGUCGUCUGAUAAUGUCUCGUAAUAAAGUCGCUCCGUUGAAACGACAGUCGGUUCCACGGCUUGAGUUAAUGGCGGCAGUUUUAGGUUCCCGACUGUCGUGUACCGUCAAAGCCAACCACUCUCUUCCUAUUGGCAAACAGUUUCUCUGGACAGAUUCACAGACGGUACUUAGUUGGAUCCGCUCCGACCAAUUCAAAUUCAAACAGUUUGUGGCGUUUCGUAUUGGUGAAAUACGGGAAAAUACGAACGUCUCCGACUGGCGCUGGGUCCCAACGAAAUUAAACAUUGCCGAUGUAUUGACAAAGUGGGGACAGGGACCGCCGUUAGAAUCAAAUAGUCCCUGGUUCAAGGGACCAGAUUUUUUGUUGGAGCCCGAGACUCGAUGGCCGAUCAGAACGUUACCGGAUGUCGAUACCGAGGAAGAAAUGCGUGCCUGUUUACUAUAUCACGAUACAGUUCAUUCGUUUUCCGUGGUCAACGUCGAUUCUACGUAUCGUUGGGUUCGACUUCUUCGAAUCACGGCUAGUGUGCUCAGAUUUAUUGCAAACUGUCGUAGGAAGAAGGCGGGUCAACCAAUUGUAGUGUCCAUGGCGUCUCCGGCCCAGGAACGUCUGCUCAAAGCUAAGCCAAAGUUCUAUCAGCAACCUCUUCAGCAGGACGAGUUACAUGCGGCAGAAACUAUCUUAUGGAGGCAGGCUCAACACGAUGUAUUCCCGGAGGAAGUGAGGACGCUCGAAAGAAACCGGGACAGAAAACCGGAACAAACUCCUGAUCGAAUUGUUAAAACCAGCCCCGUCUACAAGCUGUGUCCAAUUCUUGACACUGAAAAUGUUAUGCGCGUUGGUGGUAGAUUGCAGUAUGCGGACUGUGCUUCUUUCGACGUUAAACACCCCGUUAUACUGCCUAAAAAUCACGCGGUGACCGAUAAACUGAUUCUCUUUUACCAUGAAAAGCUCGGCCAUGGUAAUCGAGAGACAGUGUUCAAUGAACUGCGCCAGCGAUUCCACAUCCCCAAGCUGAGGUCGGCGAUAGCGAAGGUAGCGAAAUGUUGUAUGUGGUGUCGAGUUAACCGUUGUCAACCACAAGUACCUAUGAUGGCGCCUCUGCCUGUACAACGCGUGACGCCACGACUUCGCCCGUUCAGUUCGGUAGGCGUGGACUACCUGGGACCCGUGGAAGUAUCCGUAGGUCGGCGAUGUGAAAAAAGAUGGGUGGCGCUUUUCACCUGUUUAGUGGUGCGCGCAGUCCACCUUGAAGUAGUGCACAGUUUGACAACGCAAUCGUGCCAAAUGGCGAUCCGGCGGUUCAUGACCGACAGGGGAGUGCCGGAUGAAAUUUUCUCCGAUAAUGGCACAAAUUUCAAAGGAGCGAAAAAUGAAUGGGAGAAAAUGCAACGAGUCGAAUAUGAAUGCGCAGAAACCGUUACCAGUCCAACGAUGAAGUGGAACUUUAUUCCCCCAGGUACCCCGCACAUGGGCGGUAUUUGGGAACGCAUGGUGCGAUCGGUGAAGGAGAUAUUGCGGACGCUGGAAGACGGUCGAAAGUUGACGGACGAGGUCCUACUGACAUCGUUGUCUGAAGCAAAAGACAUGAUCAAUUCUCGUCCUUUGGUUUAUCUGCCUCAGGACUCGGAAAAAUCCGAGGCAAUUACACCAAAUCAUUUCCUUCGUGGUGCUGUAAAGGGGGCGGACCUGGUCGUGGACGGUUCUACGGACUUCGCAGAGGCUCUGCGGAACGCGUAUAAGCAAUCGCAGCAUUUGGCUGAUAAGAUGUGGGAGCGCUGGGUUAAAGAGUACUUGCCAACGUUGAAUAAACGACCAAAGUGGAUCGAAGACCGAAAACAAAUGGAGGUAGGAGAUUUGGUAUUUAUCGUCGAUGGAAAACACCGGAAGCAGUGGAUCCGGGGAAUCGUCGAACAAGUUUGUUUGAGCGGCGAUGGCAGAAUACGGCAGGUAGAAGUUCGAACGGCUAAAGGUGUUUUCAAGAGAGCUGUGGCUAAUUUAGCGGUUAUCGAGAUUUCUGGUAAAUCCGGCACUUCCGGUGAUGGACCGGAACCGAAGUUACGGGCUGGGGUGUGCUGA